UAGAAAGCUCGUGCAGGACCAGUACGCGUGGCAGUGCGUUCGAGGCUAUGGAUUUGUUCUCAAUUUUUCUGUUUUUGUUCCGUAUUUCGUGGUUUGGUUUUGUGUCCACCGUCGUUACCCCCCUUUGUCACAAUUCGGCAUAUCCCUCUGCCCGUUCAUCAUACAUGCGACGAACGGAGUGAUGUCUCUGCGAGUUGACAAUCAUCUGGAACCAAGCAACGACGCAAAGAAAGCGUAGGCUGUUAACUUGUCCCGUCGUGGUGGACUGGUGGAAGGAUUGUGGAUUGUUGCGAAGGUUGAUCUAUGGCUCUGAAUGAGCCAAGCCAAUCCGUUGUUUUAAAUACCCAAGAAUACAAAUAUUCGUUCACUUGCAUUUGUCCGUCUCUCGUGGGACUUCUGUCUUCUGUCCUUUUUUCAGUGAUGUGACGUGGUUGACCCACUACCGUUGUGACUGUUGUGUUGCUCCUCAUCCACCUGGUCGAACUUUGUUAAAACUGUAGCAGUACGUGCCAUAUCUUUUUAUCCCAUUGUUCGUCAUGACUACACCAAAAAGACUACUCAAACGUCGGCACCUGCUUGUUGCUGAACUGCUGGACAGUGAGGACGAAGAUGAGGUGACCAGCAAGGACAGUGGCAGGGAGUCGAGUAAUUCUGCUCGAGAUAUUGACUGUCCUGACGGCAGUGAUGCGUGCGGCCCCGCCAGCAAGCGACCCACGGAGUACGAAAUCGAAGUCCGCAUUGACAGCAGCUACGACAGCGAUGAGCUCGAUGUUUUGCUGGAACGACUUCGCACUCCUAAGACACCGUCUGCAAGGUCUGUGGCGAAAGUACGCAGCACAAUUGUUUUGAGCAGCGACAGUGAAGACGAAGUGUUCUGCACACCGAAAGAAAGGAAGGCCGUAAGGCGUGCACGGGCGGCAUCUACGGCCUCAUUGCAAACUUCAAAGACACCUGCCCGUCAGAAUGGGACAAACAAGCAGGUGCCAAUGACGGAGGUGCGGCAGGUGAAGAGGAUGCGCAGUCCCACGCAACAGCCACUACGGAGGAGUCCGCGGCUCCCGCAAGCACAGGAGAGUGUGGAAGAGUUUCUGCAUUCCCUCUCCAGUUCCGUAGACCUGGGGCAGUGCACGCCUGAAGUGCUACGUUUCCAUAAACAUUUUGCGGCGCAUCGUGAGGAACUGACAGAGAAGCUCUUACGCAUCUAUAACAAAGAAGUCUUCGCUGAAAAGCUUCCAGCAGACAUCCCGGUAGCGUGGAAUGUGCGGCUGACCAGUACAGCCGGACUGUGCCUCUACUCAAAGAGACGCGGCUGCCAUCUGCAGAUGUCCUGCAAGAUUGUGGACCGUCCGGAGCGCCUGCGGGACACCCUCCUGCACGAGCUGUGCCACGCAGCUACGUCGAUCCUGCAUGGGGUGAGGGGAGGCCACGGACACCUCUUCCAGUUCUGGGCGGGCUGCGCUGCUCGGCGUUUUCCGCAGCUGCCUCCUAUCGCACGGUGCCAUAGUUACACCAUCCGGACGCGUUUUGUCUACUCCUGCCAGAACUGUGGUGGAUGCGUACGACGUCAUUCCAAAUCUGUGGACACGAGUCGUAAGGUGUGCAGCAGGUGUGGUGGACGCUUCGUUCUUGUCCAGUCAUCGUCUCCCAGGUGACACAGAUAUGUGGUUGACCCAAGGCCAGCAGGAAGCAUUUCAGGCGGUGUCACGCAGUGGCAUAUAUGAAUUAUAUUUUUAAAUAGGAAUACUGAAAGUUGUGUACGUCCUCUGUAUUUAUACAUUCACAACCCUUUUUGGACUGAACAUCACUGUUGAUGAAUGGCGAUGCAUGAUGAAUAAGCAUGUGACAAAUAAAAUGACAUACUAUAAUGUU